CCGAACGCGCUUGUUCGCCCGAGCCCCUCCCCUCCUCACAUUCGCUCCGCUCUCGUCCCCUUCUUCCUUCACCGACCCAACCUAACCAGAGGGCCGCGCCCGCACCCCUUUCCCCACCGACAUGGCCGCCGCCGCCGCUGCAGCUGCCGCCUUGUCCUCCUCCGAGGGAAUCGUCGGCGUGCCAGCAGCCCUCCCCCUCGACAAGGCGGCGGCGGCUUCGGCCUCUGGUAGCGGUGGCGACCGGGUGGUGGAUUGCGGGGUGUGCGCGAUUUGCCUCGAUAAGAUCGCGCUCCAGGAGACGGCCCUCGUCAAGGGAUGCGACCACGCCUACUGCGUAACAUGCAUUUUGAGGUGGGCAUCCUACAAGCAGACCCCUCUAUGCCCACAGUGCAAGCACCCAUUUGAAUUCCUCAGCGUGCACCGUUCUCUUGAUGGCUGCCUACAUGACUACCUGUUUGAGGAGAGCGUUUGCCUUCUCCUGAGGGCCGCUUGGUUUGAACCUCUGAUCGUAGAGCCUCAUGAAGAGGCUCUUGAAGAAGACGAGUUUUACCACCAGUACCAAUAUGAUGACGAUGAAGAUGAUCUUGACGAGGAAACUUAUUACAUGAGCAGGUCCCCAAGCUUUCGUAUUGGUAACAGGAGAUGGGGUGACAAUGGGUACAUCCGAGGAGGCAGGAGAGAGGCGAGGCCAGUGAAUAAUGAUGCGGCAGCUGGUCCAUCCAGGACCCCAAAGAAGAAGGAAAAGGCAGCAUCGACGUCAGGGUCAGGGUCUGGGUCAGUAUCCAAGGAUGUCGCUGGAAGGCGGGCGAAAAGGGCUCAGAAGCGAGAAGCUGCAGACAAGGCAGCUGCAGAGAAGCACCUGAAGCACCUGCAGAGGUUGGGACUCGCAAAAGCACCUGCACCUGAAGUGCCCGCAGAGGCUGGGCCUCAGGUGAACGAGUGAUUCACCAGCAGCCUCUGUACAUAAUGGUGCUGUUAAAGAAAACUGCAGCCCUUGGGCCACCAAAUAAUCUUCCUUUGUGAAGAGCUGGAGCGUGGCCUUGAAUCAUGGCAACCUCGCCUCAUUGUACAGUUGUACUAGUUUCUCAACACUCUUUAGAUCCAGCACUGAAAAUGCACUGCUGUCUGCACCACAGUUGCAGCUAUGUGGUUCUAUCUCACGCUGUAACUUUUUUACAUUCGGUUAUAUUAGAGGAUGCAAAUUGCUAGCUGUGCUGAUUUUA